UGGGGAGUACAAGGGAGGCAGCUACCUUUCUGGUGGGGACAGUGGAAGGCGGUUGCUCCCGGGAUUUGCAACUCGAGGGCAUUCUGCCUUUGGCAAGUAUCAGAAAAGGAUGGCAAGGAUCCUGAUUAUGUUAGUGAGUCUGCUCAGCAGCUCAUUGGCUUGCAGUGCUGAGCCAUCAUCUUACAGCGACGCGAGUGUUGUCUUCCGAAUGACGAAGCCAGCUGUACUAGUGCGUAAGUCAUUACAGCUCUCUCACUCUCUCCCCGUGUGUGUUUAUAAUAUCAGUUACCUUUGCUCUUGCUGUCCCCAAUCUGGUGCCCUCCAGAUGUUUUGACCGAUGACUCUCACUGGCCCCAGCCAUCUCUGGAGGCACCGUAUUAGAUCUGGCACGCUGGCGCUGAAUUGUGGGGUGAAUUCAGUUCUACUGAUAGCGCCGUUGUCCCUCACAGCUGUGAUCGCAUUCUCUCUUGGCAGUCAAUGAGAAAACUGCUCAUGUCAUACAGACAGCCUUCCAGCAUGCAGACUACCCAGACAUCAAGGGGGAGAAGUCUGUGCGGUUUCUUGGGAAGAUUGCCUAUGGAUUGAAAAAGUAAGUGUGGCUCUGCUUAAGCUCCCUUGUUUAUAUCUCUCCCAUCGCAAACCUGUUUAGUUCUGUUUUGCUGAGUUUCUCAUUUUCCUAGUCCCAAGUUUGGUUCUCCACAUAGCUGCAUAUGUAUGCCUUUUUUUUUUAAAGUCCUUAUGAUUAUUUGCCAACAUUUUAGUGUGAUUCUCUUAAAACAAACAUUUUAUACACACUUUUGCCUAGCAUAUAUAUUUUGCAAAUAUUUUUCCCCAAAUAUAAUUUAUUUAUAAAAAUGAUUUAAAUAAUAGAAUCAUAGAAUUGUAGAGUUGGAAGGGACCCUGGGGUCAUCUAGUCCAACCCUCUGCAAUAAUAAUAAUAAUAAUAAUAAUAAUAAUAAUUAAUAAUAAAUUUUAUUUAUAUCCCGCCCUCCCCAGCCGAAGCCGGGCUCAGGGCGGCUAACAACAAUAAAACAGUAUAAAAGUAUAGCAUAAACAACACUCUAAAACCAUUCAUUAUAAAAUUAAUUAAUUCAGGCCACUGGCAACCAUUGGGCCAGAGCUCCGCGAAGAUUGCCGAGGGAGGGAGUCAGGCUGUGCCCUGGCCAAAGGCCUGGUGGAACAGCUCUGUCUUGCAAGCCCUGCGGAAAGAUGUCAAGUCCCGCAGGGCCCUGGUCUCUUGUGACAGAGUGUUCCACCAGAUCGGAGCCACGGCCGAAAAAGCCCUGGCUCUAUGCAGGGAUCUUAACUAGAUCAUACAAUACAGAUGGCUAUCCAGCCUCUGCUUAGAAACAUACAAGGAAGGUGAGUCUACCACCUCUCAUGGGAGUCUGUUCCACUGUCGAACAGCUCUUACUGUCAAAAAGUUCUUCCUGAUGUUUAGUCAGUAUCACUUUUUUUGUGACUUGAAUCCAUUGGUUUGUGUCCUGCCCUCCAGAACAGGAGAAAACAAGCUUGUUCCAUCUUCCAUGUGACAGCUCUUAAGAUAUUUGAAAAUGGCUAUCAUAUCUCCUCUGAGCCUCCUCUUUCCCAGGCUAAACAUGCCCAGCUCCCUCAACCAUUCCUCAUGAGGCUUAGUUUCCAGACCCAUGAUCAUCUUGGUCACCUCCUCUGCACACGUUCCAGCUUCUAAUAUCCUUCUUAAAUCGUGGUGUCCAGAACUGGACGCAGUACUCCAGGUGUGGUGUGACCAAGACAGAAUACCACUAUUUUGGGGGUGGGGACAGAGCUGUUUAUAACAAUUACCUCAGGUAAUUGUUUAUAACCUGAUACCUCAGGUUAAGCACUUAAUUUGUUCUGGAGGUCCGUUCUUAACCUGAAACUGUUCUUAACCUGAAGCACCACUUUAGCUAAUGGGGCCUCCCGCUGCUGCUGUGCCGCCAGAGCACGAUUUCUGUUUUCAUCCUGAAGCAAAGUUCUUAACCUAAGGUAAUAUUUCUCGGUUAGUGGAGUCUGUAACCUGAAGCAUAUGUAACCUGAAGCGUAUGUAGCCCGAGGUACCACUUUAUAUGUAAAAUAAUACCAUGAAACCAUUUAAAAUGUUAAAAUCAGAAAUCAGCUCUUAAGCAUUUUGUCAUGCACUUUUAUAUUAAAAUGCAUUUUUUGAACGUUAUUUUCACUAAUGUGCUAAUUGUGUAUGUUUGUGUUUGCAUUUUUGCUCUCACUAUUUGUUUGGAGAACUGUAUUGCAAAAUUCGUAAAACUGCAAAUUCUGAAGGAUGGGUCUGGUUUUAGUUUGCAUCUUGUUUCAGAAAGUUCACAUUUGGUAGAUUUGCCUUUAAAUAUGAAGUAGGUCCAAUUUCUCUGCCAGCCUUCACCUUGCCUUAAAAUAGGGCUCUUAAAAAGUUGCUGCACCAUAUCCCAAGUCAGACUAUUUGCCAGAUAACGGUGCUGUAUAUUCCAACUGGCAGCAGCCCUCCAGUUCCUCAAGCAGAGGCCUAUCCCAUCUGCUCCUCGUUGGUCUUCAGCUACUAGGUUUGAGCCCAUGGUUUGGAUCACAACAGCAGCAGCACCUCAUAGAAAUGGAUAGUAAAAAAUCUACUUCAUGCACAAAUACCUGGUAGCCUUUUACUAGCUGCUGAAGGAUGGGAAUUACUGCAAGAUGGAAAAUUGUUCAGGUCUGCCUUUACAAAUUGGCUUGCUAUGAUUUGGGAGGUAGUUUUAACCGAAUGUUCAACACAGCAUGGCAUAGUGGUAAGAGAUCAAGCUACCACAAAACAAAAACCCUUUGGUGUUGCCUGGUUUCUGUUCAUUUCCUAUGCCAAUAAAUCUGCAUUCCCAAUUAAACCACCUGCAACACAACUACUCAUAUGGAGAGGUUUUGUCUCUUUAUUUUAGUACCGCAUACUGAAAAGAUGUCUGUUAUGUGGUUGAAUGAUGGUACUCCACAUUUUGUUUGCCCUUAAUAUAUGUUUACUGAAAUUCAAUGCAACACAUAUGUUUUUUUAAAAAAGGGAGAGAGAAAAGAAAUGUGCCAAGUGUGAGCUGGUUGCUUUGCUGGAAGAGAAGGUGCAAUAGCUUCAGCCCCACCUAUCCACAUUUUGACUUAUUUGAUUAUUAAUUUCUGGAUUGAGCAGAGCAGCCUGUCCUGGAAGAGUGACAUGGGGGGGUGCCUCUAGGGAAGAGGAAGCUCAACAAAUGCAGGAGGCAAACACUUGGAGGAAUGUGAUACUCGGAAGCAGAAGCGCUUCUUUGCUAGCUGGGGCUGAUGGGAGCUGCAGUCGAAAACAUCUGGAAGCUCAGGGAAGGCUGGUGCCAAAGGCUAUGAUAAGAUGUGCAGGACUUUAUACCAUGACUGUGUCACUUCCAUAUAUGAUGUGUUGUGCGUGACCCACAGCUAAAGCUACCAUGCAGGAUUACACUAGCAAUGGGAGGGCUUGGAUGUGGUCAGUGAGUGCAUCUGAUCCCAAGGGGACUUGGGGGUGUCUAUGUGCCUCUUCCAGUGAAAGAGCCCAGCCUGCUUCAAUUGUACUAAGCCAGCCAUUCUUUGCUUCCCUUCUGCAGCAUCCAUAUUGGAGAACUGACGAUAGAAAACACCACAGUUGACCUCAAGGAGGACGACACCAUCGACAUCGGAAUUCAGAAUGUUUCUGCUUCCUUCCAAGGAACCCUCAGCUAUGGCUAUGUGGGUGGCUGGCUGUGAGUAUUUCCAGAGAAGUCCACAUCUGCCAGUUUGGUCCUUUUGUGGGGGGAAAUGAUGAGGGUGUGAAAAUGGAAACAUCAGCUUUUCAUUUACCACACAACCCCCGACUGCAUCACAUCUAAACAGCACGACGUUGGCUGGCACAGAGCCUAAUGUGUGCAGUAGCGCAUGUGCUCUGUUCCAAAAACACCAUCCUUCCUGGUUAAUUCUACCUGUGUUCCACAUGUUCGCAAAAUAUCACACUGACAUUCUAUCUGAGAGCAUCUCUGCAACAGAUGAUGUUGUUUGGUGAUUAUCAUUGUUAAAAAUAUUGUCACAGGGUGAAGCUCAUCCAUUCUAUUGACUUCGAAAUUGAGUCAUCCAUUGAUCUGCAGAUAAACGUUAAAUUGUGUAAGUAGCGGAAUAUUCUUGGCUAUUGAGACUGGUUAGAAUGAGGGCUUAAUAUGCGCAAGAGGCAGCAGGUGGGUGUCUCCUUGAGAUGAGAUUCAGAGGGAGGGGUUAAGGAAAGCCAGUUUCUCCUGUGAUGUAAAGUCUGGUUUAUUAUCUCUGGUUUACAACCCCCUUCCUGGAAAACUGGGGGAAACUAUUGGAAGGGAGUACCCAACUGACUCCUGGUUCCUAAUAACUUGAGGCAUUUGCUUCUCUAUUGGACAGUGUCGGAUGACGGGCGUGUGAUAGUGGACACCUCGGACUGUUACCUGACUUUCCACAAGCUGACCUUGCAUCUACAAGGAGACAAAGAGUAUGCUUCAUUAUUUGAAAUCCACACCAGGGUUUAGUAGUGCCUGACUUUCACUUGAAGGACUCCCAUAUUCAUCAGGCUAGAAACAUAAGAAACUGUCUUAUACUGAGCCAGAGCAUUGGCCCAUCAAGCUCAGUGCUGUCCACAUUGACCAGCAGCUCUCAAGGGUUUCAAGUUCUCUCCCAGCCCUACCCUGGGGAUUGAAUCUGGGACCUUCUGGUGUGCUCUAUCACCAAGCUACAGUCUUUCCUUGUGUAGUCUUAUGUAGCUGCUUUGCCACUAUCAACCUCCCAUUUUGCUGACCCAUGAAAUCAGAAGCCUAAAAGCCAAGCUUCCCAUAAGAUUAAGCACAUCAUUAGCAGUUAGUUUCAAUUAAUAACCUGUGCAGAGGUGUGGGAAUGUUGUGGACAGUAGGAGAGGAUAUAUUGAUUAAAUAUUAUCCUUUCUCACUCACGCUAGUGAGUCAGUAGCAGAGUACCUUCCCCAGUAUAUUGCAGGAAGCUAGUUGGUGGAUUCAUUUGAAUCUCUUUACUUAAGCAAUCCAGUCUGGCUUGUCCAGAUUGGGUUUAUUCCUGGUAAAUCCCCUUUGUUCCGCUUAAAAAGAAUAAAGACACAACUCUCCUUUCUUAAAAGUAAUGAUAAGAAGUUUACUUACAUUCAGUUCACAGUGGUUCCCUGAAGGCAGACUUUAGCUUGAAGUUACAGAAGAGAGUUUGAGUUCAUCCCAUAUGAGAAUGAGCCCAUGUGCUGCUGGCUGAGAGCCAGCACAGAGCAAAAUAGCAUCAGUAUCAGAAGAGAGCAGCAAAAGAGGAAGAUGGCUGUGUGACUGGUCCUUUUACAGGGUCUCACAGGGUCACGACCAUCUACCUGGUCACACGUGGGGUAGGGGUGGGGAGAUGCUCCAGACAGGUGUGACAGGAAGUCCUCCUAGCUGGAGUAACAUCCCCCUGUGUGUCCACUCUGGGCAAACAGGAAAUGUUGUAUUUGACUGCUACAGUGAUGCCACAUCCCACAAGAAGGGCAUUUUCUUCAUGAUCCUGUUGCAUGGGAAGGGGAGGUUUCACACUUACAGGCUGGUCCUGACUGAAAUUCUGCCUCAGAAUUGAGGGUUCCACAUUGCUGCUUGAAAACAAAAACAGAGAGACAUUCUAAUUUUUUUGUGUUUAGCAGUACCUCAAGUCUGGCCUUGAGCAUCUUUUACGAUAAACCUUAUUAAGAAGGACAGCCUAAUACAUUUUUCUGCCCAGAGCAAAGUACAAGAUGGCAGCCCCUCCCAAUCCCACACCCAGAAGUCCACUAGACUGACAGCUGAAUCUGACCUCAACACUACUGAUGGGCCUGCAUACACCACCACACCUGAGGCAGCAGGCUAGUUAAGUGGGGCAGGCCAGGUUGUGACUGAUGGGCAGCGGAAUGGUUGGGAGGUGGCUUAUGAGGAACAGUCAAGAGUCUGCCACCCCAGCCCCACAGCUUCUGUUAUCUGAGGCAGGCGCCUCACUUUGCCUAAUGGUAGAGCAGGCAGUGCUCUGCAAGGCUUACUUGCUUGCCCUGACUUCCAAUCUCCAGGGUGAAUUAGACUUUGGAAGCUUUAAGGUGAAAGGUGCUCUUGAUAGUUAGCAUUUUGAUCAUCUUUGCAUUUGGAUUUCAUGUUUAGAUUUUCUCUUUAUGUUGUAGCUCACUUAUAGCCCAUUAGAUAGUGUAGGACAAAAAAAUCCAAAUCCAAAUGUGUUGUAAUAAUGAACUUCUUGAGCUCACAUCCAGUCUUUCUCCAUGCAGCCCAGGAUGGCUAAAACAGCUUUUUACAAACUUCAUCUCGUUUACUUUGAAGCUCGUUCUCAAAAACCAGGUAAGAGACAUGGAAGGGUAAUUGACACAGGGCUGAUGUAUGUUAAAUGUCAUGCAUGCUGGGCAAUUGAUUAAUCAGGCUGCACUAUGGCAAAUGAAGAUAUGGAAAGACCUAAUUUACAUGAUCUUAAUGAAACCAUCAUUUAUCUGGCUUUCCUUUUAAAAAGUGACUCGGGGUUUAGCUUUCAAGUCCUUGGGAAACAAUAAAAGAAGUGUCGUUUCCUUGCAGACUGCAGUCUCUGCCUCAGCCUCCUUUUAAACUAUGGACAUAUUUCCAGGUGAUUUUCACAAAAAUAUGCAUUUUACCCUAGCAUUGCAUUUUUUUGUACACAUUGAUUGGAGAACUGCAUUGCAAAAUCUUGAGAAGUGUGAAUUUUGGAGGCUGUUUGUGUUUCAUUUUGCAUGUUGUUUUGGAAAGCGUGAAUUCAUAAAUUUGUGUUUAGAUGUGAACUGAAUUUAAUUCCUCCUCUGUCUCAAUUCACAUAAUACUAUUCAAUGGUGCUGCUUCACACAUCCAUCUGUGAGUCAUUUAGGAAACUGCCUUAUGCUAGACCAUCUAGCUUAGUAUCUAGCUUAGUACUACUUACACUGACUGGCAGCAGCUCUCCAGGAUUUCAGGUAGGGGUCUCUCCCAGUCCUAGCAAGAGAUGCCAGAGACUGUACCUGGGAUCUGCUUGUUGCUACAAUAAUGAGCUACAGCCUUUCCCCAAACAUGUGUUUGAACACCUCUUUUCCCUCUUUUACAGGUGUGUAAAGAAAUUAACUAUAUUUCUCAGCUACUGGCAGAUUAUGUGCAUGAGACGUCAGGUAAAUCUCUGUUCACUUUUGUUGCUGUUCCAUUUCUAAAAAUUAUUAUUAAAAGCUCUUACUCCUCCAUUUAUGUAACAGUCUCACAUGGUAUGUAUAGUCUGCUGCUAUAGUCUUCAGGGCUACACUUCAGUCCACACACUUUGCAUCUGCACCCAACUGGAUUUCAAAUGUCCUUAGCUAGAAACUAGAAAAAAGUAAAGUAGCAGGGUUGGCUGGGACAGAUCCUGCUGCCUGCCAAAUCUCCCUGGAGUCCUAAUUUUAAGGCCCACUGGCCAUGUGAGGAAUGGAGUAAUAUAUUCUAAAAGACUUGCGGGAGUAUCCUGCAGGGGGUAAGAUGCAUUUGGGUCAUGCUUUGCUUGAACACAAGGAAAUGCCCCCACCAAAAACAAUCCCCUGGCUCCAAAACAUGGCCAAAAAUAUGACAUUUAGGUCAAAAUGACCUAAACUUCCCUAUGAAGGAAUGUUGCAGCAUUUGGGACUUCUUAGUUUAGAGAAGAGGCAACAUGAUAGAAGUUUAUGAAAUUAUGCAUGACAUGGGAAAAGUGGCUAGGGGAAAGUUUUUCUCCCUUUCUCAUAACUCUGGAAUUUGGGGGCAUCAAAUGAAGCUGAUUCAGGACAGAUAAAAGGAAGACUUCUUCAUGCAGCUCAGCAUAAUUAAACUGUGGAAUUUGCUCCUUCAGGAGGCAGUGAUGGCAACCAACCUGGAUGACUUUAAAAGAGGAUUAGACAAAUUCAUGGAGGAAGAGGCUAUCAAUGGCUACUAGUUAAGAUGGCUGUGCUCUGCCUCCACAGCUUUCAAAUUUCAGUUGCUGGAAACCACAGGAGGAGCGGAGAGGGCUCUUUGCUUGGGAUCUGCUUGCGGGUUUCCAACAGGCAUUGGGUUGGCCACCGUAAGAACAGGACGCUGGACUAGAAGGGCCAUGGCUCUAACUUAGUAGGCUCCUCAACAUAUUCUAAAAGCUCACUCUUUAAUUUUCUGGUAGCCAACUUCCUUAAAGAUGGGGAUAUCGGAGUAGAUAUUUCUGUGACCGCAUCUCCGGCAAUCAAAGCAAAUUACAUAGAAUCGCACCACAAGGUAAGACAAUUCCCACAAAAUAAACUUCCCUGUGUGAAGGAAAGGGCAAUUGUUGAUGACGCAAACCCUGCCUCUUUAUAGUUGCUGCAGGUGAGAGCCAGGUCACCUCCACACAAUGGCUUCCCUCAAGAAUCCUGAGAACAGUAGUUAAGGGUGCUGAGAAGUGUGGUUCUGAGGGAUAAAAUGACAGUUCCCAUAAUGCUUGGGGAGGGGAGGGGAAAAGCCAUGUGCUUUAAAUGUAGAGUGUGAGUGUUGACUAGAGGUGUUCUUAGGCUUCCAGUUAAGGACAGAUGCUGCUACUAAUGGAACUUAACUGCUCAUUUUAAUAUAAAACACAAUUGAGGACUAAGAUGAGCAGGGCCAGAGGUAAAAGUAGGUGGAGCAAUGGACACCAGAGGUUUAUACACCCCUCUGCCCUCAUUGAGGCAAGCAAGAGGGAGGAUUGCAGUGGAAAGGCAAUCCUGAUGAGGCAGAAGUCCUGGAGGAGAGACAGUGAGGGUGUGGCUUAGCAGGCCCCCACCAGGCUAGACAGAGAAGCCUAGAGGGCCACAUUUGUCCUCUAGGACUGCGAUUCCCACCUGUGGUUUAAUAUGCCUCUAGCCUUCUUCCCAGUCACAAAAAUACAGGAGUUCCAUGCAAUUCCUGUGGAAGGUGGAUGAUUCCGUCCUAUUAUUCUGAACUCGUCAUUCUCCCAGUGUCCUUCUCCGCACAAUGCCGCAUUCAGCAGAAGUCUUGGUGUUUCUACCAACCAGGGCUGGCCCACCCAUGGGACCAGGUGAGGCAACUGUCUCGGGUGGCAGGGUCCAUAGGGGCAGCAGAUCCUGAUCUGGAUAUUUCUUUUUUUUAUAUAUAAAUAUUUAUUAAAAUUUUCACAAUAUUACAUAAUGAAAAAGAAAAAAGAAAAAAUACAAAAUAAAAAACAGUUAAAAACAAUUCCAUCUUUUUGUCACUUAUCUUUCAUUUGCUUGUUUCCCGGACCUCCUCAUACCUCCCUUUUUUGUAUUCCAGUUCAAUUUAUUAGUUCAGCAAUUCCUUUCCCUCCUUAUUUUAUCCUAAUCCUUAAGCUUAAUAUAUUAUAGCAUUAAAUUUUUACCUGUUAAAAAUCCAAUUCUUUCAUAUUCUUUUAUACCAUUACAGCUAGAAACCACUUAACUUCAAUCCAACAUCAUUCUAACAUUCAUUAAUUUUGCAAUAUUUCUGUAAAUAAUCUUUAAAUUUCUUCCAAUCUUCUUCCACCGACUCUUCUCCCUGGUCUCGGAUUCUGCCAGUCAUUUCUGCCAAUUCCAUAUAGUCCAUCAGCUUCAUCUGCCAUUCUUCCAGAGUGGGUAGAUCUUGUGUCUUCCAAUACUUUGCAAUAAGUAUUCUUGCUGCUGUUGUGGCAUACAUAAAAAAAGUUCUGUCCUUCUUUAACACCGAUUGGCCGACUAUGCCCAGGAGAAAGGCCUCUGGUUUCUUCAAGAAGGUAUAUUUAAAUACCUUUUUCAAUUCAUUAUAUAUCAUCUCCCAGAAAGCCUUAAUCCUUGGGCACGUCCACCAAAGGUGAAAGAAUGUACCUUCAGUUUCUUUACAUUUCCAACAUUUAUUAUCGGGCAAAUGGUAGAUUUUUGCAAGCUUGACUGGGGUCAUGUACCACCUGUAUAUCAUUUUCAUAAUAUUCUCUCUUAAGGCAUUGCAUGCCGUAAACUUCAUACCUGUGGUCCAUAACUGUUCCCAGUCAGCCAUCAUUAUGUUAUAUCCAACAUCUUGUGCCCAUUUAAUCAUAGCAGAUUUCACCGUUUCAUCCUGAGUAUUCCAUUUCAGCAGCAAGUUAUACAUCUUUGACAAAAUCUUAGUUUUGGGUUCUAACAAUUCUGUUUCUAAUUUUGAUUUUUCCACCUGGAAGCCGAUUUUCUUCUCCAAAUUGUAUGCCUCCAUUAUCUGAUAAUAAUGAAGCCAGUCUCGCACUUUGUUUUUUAGUUUUUCAAAACUCUGCAAUUUCAAUCUAUCUCCAUCUUGUUCCAAAAUUUCCCAAUAUUUCGGCCAUUUGGCCUCCAUAUUGAGCUUUUUCAGAGCUUUCGCUUCCAUCGGUGACAGCCACCUUGGGGUUUUAUUUUCCAAUAGGUCCUUGUAUCUUAUCCAAACGUUAAACAAUGCUUUCCUGACAAUAUGGUUUUUAAAUGCUUUAUGUGCUUUGACCUUAUCAUACCACAGAUAUGCAUGCCAUCCAAAUACAUUGUUAAAACCUUCUAAAUCCAAAAUGUCAGUGUUUUCAAGAAGCAGCCAUUCUUUCAACCAGCAAAAAGCUGCUGAUUCAUAGUAAAGUUUAAAGUCUGGCAGGGCAAAUCCACCUCUUUCCUUUGCAUCAGUUAAUAUUUUAAAUUUUAUUCUAGGCUUCUUGCCCUGCCAGACAAAUCUAGAAAUAUCUCUCUGCCACCUCUUGAAACAGUCCAUUUCUGAUCUGGAUAUUUCUUUCCCUCUUGUUCCUGGUGUUGAUACUCAACUCAACUCACCCCUUCUUCCCUGGCCGGGGGGGGGACCAUUUUGUGGUUUGCCUCAGGUGGUCAAAAUAUAUUGGACUGGUCCUGUCACCAACCAAUAUGACAACAACAGCAAAGUUUCUUUAAAACAAACAUAUGUAUUAUGGCACAAGCUUUUCCGGACUAUUGUCUGCUACUUCAUCACUUGCAUGAGGCAUCAGCCCUGGGGCCUCUAACUACAUGGGAUGUUAAUGAGGUGAUUAGCGAUCAUGCUAUGUGAUUUUUCUAAAUUAAAUACCAGGUGAAGAGGGAACAGUUGUUGCCAAGAUUGCCCACAGGCUGUGAUGAAAGGGAGGGUUUGUACUUUGUGUAUGCUUAAUUUCAGUUUGCGUUUACUUCUGCUGUUUUUCUUUAUAUUUUUGUUCUUGCGUGGUAUUGAAGUGUCUUGUUUAAAAAAUUUUAAACACAAGCAAAUGUGUUGGAUGCAUUUUCCUACAAGGAGAUUGUCGGUCCCUCUAGACAUUGAGGUGUUUAUGUGUGACUCCCACAUUUCAAUAACCCUUUCACACUUACAAAUGUUUUUUGGGGGAAUACCAAUUCAGUGCCUGUCCCAUCACUUUCUGCUGAAAUCACAAAACUUUUCGUACUGCAAAUGUUGUGGGUUGUGUGUGUGUGUGUCCCGUUUUUGUUGCUCUAUAGCACUGGAGUCACCCCUCCAGAUGUCAACGAUGCUGUUACACUGGGGAAGUAUCGCAGAAGACCGAAUACAGCAAAAUGAUGUGUGGAGGGUCCAGAAUGAACCCACUGCUAAUGCACUACUGUUGAGUCAGUGAAAUGUUGCAGAGAACCUCCAGUCUGGAGGAGCCCUGCCUCUCUGCAAGAAGCAGCCCCCUAUCCUCAGAGGUACACAAGGAACAUCUGCAGUUGGUUUUCAGUUCAUAAAGCCCACUCACAUUUUCUUCUCUUGAAAGGGCCUCGUCGUGUACCAGAACCAUUCAGGCAUCUUCCAUGACUCUGCCUUCACACCGUCUCUGCUGACUGAUUCCAAAAUGGUCUAUUUCUGGUUUUCAGGCCAAGUCCUCAAUUCUGUGGCCUUGGCAGCUUUUCUAGAUAAGCGCCUGGAGUUAACACUCUCAGGGGAAAAAUUAAAGGUAAUUUUUGCAGGUGCCCAUUUGACUUGGCUUCAGUUGUGGGGUUUGGAUGGCAAGGCGUGGUCAUCUCAUGCUAGCAAGAAGCACCAGUUUCACCCAGUUGGUUGGGCCAGGGAGCUUCUUAUAGGGGGGCGGGGGUUGGGAUUCAGGGCACAGCACCUCACCUCACCCACUCUGGCCUAUCAGGGUCUCUCUUGCUAGUGUGGAUGACCACCCUGUAGUUCCCCUCUUGGUCAGGUGGUGGUGCUUGGGGUCAGUUGCAGCCUCUAAUCACCCAAGUUGCUGAUUUAGUCCCUUUUGCCGGCUCAAAUCAAGAUACUUAAAAGUGCUCAAAAGGGGCUCCCUUUUAAGGAGGGCAAAGGAAACAAACAAAAGUUCAUUCAACUCAUUGCUUUUCCCACCCAACCUUCUAUAUAUUCCACGUGUGUAAGACAACAUACAAUUUCUUCUUGUGCUUGGGACACAUAAGCUGUGAAUUUCCCUUUUUAGGGAUGUGCAUUGGAUACAUUCAUUGUUUUUGUUAUAUGACGGAAGAUUCACCUCUUCACUUGAGUUUUCCAUAUGCGUGUGUGUACACCCACCCAAUUCGUGAUUGCAUAUUGUUUUCACUGAUUUUAAUCUUGUAUAUUUAUACUUUGCUGUAACCUACCCUGGUGGUGGUGGUGGUGAUGAUGAUGAUUCCAUGCAUAGAAGUAGAACUUAGUACAUCAGAACUGCUGUGAUUCCCACAUUGCAGGGCUUGAACUAGAUUGCCCUUUGCACCCUUCCCAACCCUACAGUUCUGUGAUGCUAGGAAAUACAAGUACAUUUUACUUCUUCAUCUUUUGUGUCUUUUUUUAAAGGAAAUGUUUGAAAUUGAAGAGCUGAAAACUCAGCAGGAGAUUGUGCAAAAGGUAACUUUUGACCAAAUCCCAACCUAUCAUUUGACGAGUAGGUAGCACAUGGUAUUGCCUGGAUAUUGCCUGAACUAUUUUCAAGUCUGAUUCUUCUUCUUCUUAAAAUCAAGCUCUGUUGCUUGGCAUCAGCAGCCACACUAUGUCUGUCUUUAUGCCCCCCAGAUUUUUCGGGGUGCCUCCUACAACGACUCCCUGGCUAAGGUGUGGAGCCUUGACCCUCCUCAGAUUAUCCUCCAGCCCGAAGGAACCAUUGUGAAGUCAUCUGUGGCUGUGGAACUCAGUGUUCCUCUGCAAGGCGAAGGUCCCCCCUCUGUAGCUUUGUAUUUCGAAAAGGUAAGUGAAUUUGCAGUUUGCAUUUUGGAGACAGGAGCCAAAGGCCCACUGGUCACAAAUCAGCCACCAUUUGCAAGCGCAUGUGAUGUGGAACAAAGCGGGCGUCAUGGAAUAUAGGAAACUGCCUUAUCCAGAGCCAAAGCCUUGGUCUAUCAAGCUCAGUAUUGUCCACACUGGUUAGCUGGGGCUCUUUGGGGUUUCUGGAAAAAUCUCCUUCAGUCUUACUUGGAGGUGCUGUAAAUUGAACCCGGGACUUUCUGGGUGCAAAGCAGAUGCUCUUGCAUGGAGCUAUGGCCUUACAAUUCUGUUAGGAUGCAGGUGGGCUCAGAGAAUCAGGAAGAGAGCACUGCUGGAUCAGUCAGCUCAGGAGCUCUGCCAUAAAGAGAACAUCUCACCUGGGAGAGGGACAAUGGGGAAGGUGUCCCUGUGAAUUCUCAUUGAUUUCUCAGCUGCUUUCAACUUUUAUUACUCCAGCAUGUAAUUAAAAACCCUAAAUUCUUCAAUAAAUCAGCUGUUGGAUUGUCUGACGUGUUCUAACUUAAUAGGUCAGUUUUUAAAUAUCUCCUGUAAAUCUGUAAUCAUCCAUUCAUCAAGAGACGUGAUUUAUUUCCUGUCCCACACACAGUUCUUAUUAAUAAACAUAAGAGCAGCUAUUAAUAAAUUUACCAUCAUUUCUCUGUCCUCUUAUAAAGCAAUUUCUUUAAUGUAACCAAAGUAACUAAUAAAGUCAUGAUUUCUAAUGCCUUCUAUGUUUUUUUAAAUGCACUCACAAACCUUUCCGUUCUGCCUUUCCCUCCCUGCAGGAAGUCACCGUCACAGUCCAAGCUUCGUAUAUGCAAAAAAACCUAUACCUGCAUCACUCCGAGGCCAUGUACGUAUUGCGCUUCCAUUGUGCAGAGAGAGGAUGGGGGCUUCCAGGUGGUCACUGUUUUGAGGUGGGAUUCAAUCGCAUACUGGCAACCUCAGGUGCCACAAUUAAAGUUGGUUUUGGCACCCCCAAAAGCAGACUUUUUGUGAUGAGAGAAGUGCCAGGGAAAUGCCCUGGGAAGCCUGGAAUAACAAUUGCUUGGCACAAGGAUGCAUAACCUCCUCACAAAAAAGAAAGCUGAAUAAACAAGCCACCUGGAAGCAUCUAAGGGAGAUCCACACCAUGCAUUUAAAGUAUACCCAAUGCACAUUUAAAACAUGUGACUCCCCCCCCCCCAAUCCUGCAAACUGUGGUUUGUUACGGGUACUGGGAACUGUGGGUCCAGGGCUACUGUAGUUCUCUGGAUUCUUUGGGAAAGUCAUGUGCUUUAAAUGAAUGGGUGUGGCUUUGCCACUAGAGUUCCUGGGUAUGCAAAAGGGGCUGGGAAAGGUGCCUGCUCACACUUGCUUACACACUUGGCUUCUUAUUUCCCUACAGGAUAGAGAUCAAAAAGCUUAAACGUGCCGCGCAUAUAGCUGUGGUGAGUAUCCAGCAUUCAUGCUUCUGUGCUUAAAGUGUUGAGCUGAAACUAAUCUCCCCCCUCCCACAAAGCUAAUUUUUGCUCCACGAAUUUCCUGUCAAAUAUUCUCUGGAUGUACCAGUGUAUCUAUCAACCAAAGAUGUUGCAGUAGCAUCAGUACUAAGAUAAAUACCGAAAGAGCACUGUCCAACCUGGCAGGGUUGUUGUCAGAAUCGCUGAAAGAAUAUAUGGGAAGGGUUUCAGCAUUUCAAAGCAACGCACAUGCCAAGUGUCACAAUUCUUCUGCCUUCUGCUGCUGGGAAAAUUGGACAGGGGUUCACUCAAGAUAAGCCCAGCUUGGCACCAUAAAACAAUCUUCUGCUUUAACCACCAAAUUUGUCCAGGGAUUGAAGCAUUGGGAGAUUUUUGCAUCCCCCACAGCACAAAGCCUUUUGCAGAAGCGCAAAUCAUAUUUUGUUUCAGUUACUAUAUUAUAUUUUGUUUGUAUAAUUAACAGAAAACUUUAUUAAGGAUAUGCUUAUACCUAUAUUUUAAAAAGCAUAGGGUUGCACUGUCCACUAUCUACAAUCAAUUGUUGGUCCGCCCUUCCCCAAUCUAUACCCCAAAUAUUUUGGGGUACAGCUUCUAUCAGCCCCAGGCAGCAUGUUGUAAAAUGCCACAUACAUCAACGGCAGGGGUAGAAAUAAUGAACUAGUAGUAACAACAAAGACUUCUGCAAUUAAUGACUUUGCUUGCAACGUUUUAAUUUCAGAAUGAUGAAACUCUAAAGCACAUUUUGGAGAAAAUCGUCUCAGUUGCCGGGAUCCGAGAAGUGGUAUCAAGUGAGUUUAUUUGCUAAGUGUCAGUGUAGUAGCUCUGAGUCCUGAGUGGCAGCAAGGCAAAACAAGUGUGUUGGUGAGGGAAUUCACUUCAGUGGACCUCAGAAAUGACUUCCCAGGGCUCUUUUUAAAAAACCCAUUUUGCAGGCCUUUGAGCCAACAACAUACCCCUGUUGCUGGGUUUCUGAGAUCUCCUGCGUGAACACAGAUGGCUUCCCCACACUUCCUCUUGUCUUGCUGCUUUCCCCUGGGGGAAACUUUAGCGCUCAAUCAGAGCAAAUUCGGGUUUUCUCCAGAUGGAUGUUUGCUCUGAUUUAACACUAAAGAGCAGGUUUUCCCUGGGAAAGAGGGGCAGGCUCUUCUCAUGGCCUAUCUGGCGAUGUCAGGGACUGAACCUAGAACCUUGUGCACACAAAGUAUGUGCUCUUCCCCCAGUGGCAGACCUACAUUUGUGGGCCCCUGAAGCUUGACCUGUUACCAGCAGUGAGGUCUAGGAAACUACUGUUCUCUUCUUCGGUAGGGUUGUUUACCACAACCUCUUCAACAUCUGUGCUACUGACUCUCAAACUCUGGGAUUGUUGAAAUAUAUACAACAACAAAAAUAAUCCAUUUGAGUCAUGUGACUCAAAUUGUGUCUUCUAGACCCAUUGUGUGUGUGUGUGUGUGUGUGUGUGUAUCAAUGUGGUCUAAAGUCACUUCUGCCCCCCCCGAAGACCUGAAGAUUAAGUUUACUUAGUUUCAUAGUAGAUCCCUGCCCCUGCCUUCCACUCAAUUAUGACCCUGAAAACAGAUGAAGCUUCCUUAUACAGUGUCAGAUCAACUGGCCCAUCUAGCUCAGAACUGUCCACAAUGACUUGCAGCAGCUCUCCACAGUUUCAGGAACAGAGUCUUUCCCAGCCCUACCAGGAGAUGCCAGGGAUUGAACCGGGAGCCUUCUGCAUGCCAAGCAGAGGCUCUACCUCUGAGCUACAGCCUUCCCCAAGAGGGACCCUGCUUCUGUAAAACUAAAUGGUGGUGGUGGUGGUAAUUCCAUUUCUUGCCCACCUUUCACCAUGAGAUCCUAGGGCAGCAAUUUAAAAAUACAAUCUUAAAAUUAAUUUAUUUUAUAACAAAUUACAAUAAAAAGACAGGGUGGGGCCUAAAUUAUAUACAUCUCAGCAGAGCACGACUUUUUGCCUCAUUAUGUUGCACAAGCUUCAUGGGAGGCAGGUGCAAUGUAAUAAAUGUUAGCAUCAGUCCCAGAAAACUUCCUCGCCCAAAACAACCACCACUACUUACCCAUUGCUGCAAACCACGGUUAUUACUGUGACAUCAGACAAAUCUGGUUCAAUUUGGUUUCACAGGAUUUGAGAGGAACAUAAGUUCCCUGUUGAGCAGCAAAGGACUUGACCAUUUCGACAUCAUUGAUCCUGAGAUAGUAACCAAAAAGGCAAGUACAGUUUGAUGUAUUGGGGCUUAUAUAUCACCCAGCACUAUGUCAGUGACCAAACAGCAAAAAUAUUUUGUGCUUGGCCCUUCCAUAGCAGUGGAAAAUCCAGGGCACCCAUAAAAGGGUUGAUUUCAUUUGGAAGACAGAUUCCUGAGCCAAUAGUACAGCGGGGUGCAGAACCAAGCACACUGGAUGUACCAGAUUCAUAGUCGAAGUGUGUCAAAAGUGCCUUGGCCCAGUAUACCUGAAGGAGUGUCUCCACCUCCAUCAUUCAGCCUGGACACUGAGGUCCAGCUCCGAGGGCCUUCUGGCGGUUCCCUCACUGCGAGAAGUGGGGUUACAGGGAACCAGACAGAGGGCCUUCUCGGUAGUGGCACCUGCCUUGUGGAACACCCUCCCAUCAGAUGUCAAGGAAAUAAACAACUAUCUGACUUUUAAAAGAUAUCUGAAGACAGCCCUGUUUUGGGAAGUUUUUAAUGUUUGAUGUUUUCUUAUGUGUUUAAUAUUCUGUUGGGAGUUGCCCAGAGUGGCUGGGGAAACCCAGCCAGAUGGAUGGGGUAUAAAUGAUUUAUUAUUAUUAUUAUUAGUCCCAGGCUGUGUGUGUCAACCCUAGGGCUGGCCCUGGAUGUUUUGUCAUUAGAGGCAGAACAAAAAUUGCUGCCCCUGCCUCCUCCGCUGUACACCCACUGCCAUGUGCCCAGCUGCCCCACACCCACUGUUAUUUGUGCACAUGCCGCCAGGCCCACAGCACAGGAAAGAGGAGGAGGCUGAUAAGCACAGCAGAUGAUAAGCAGCACACUUCUUGGAGACUGGAUCUGCUGCCCCUCCCAGCCAUCCAAAGCCUGCCCCCCUGAGCUGCCUCACCUUGCCUCAUAGGGUGGCUGGCCCUGGCCAACUGGUUUAGAAAUGUUUCUUUGGUGCUUCUGCACUACACUGAGUUUGACACUCUUGCACUUUUGAUGUCCACAGCUUCCACAGCAUUCCCUGCCCGAAAACUGGGCUGGAUGUGUCUGUUGUUGCUCUAUCAGUUGUUGUCCUGUCUGCAGGCAAAGGUGUGUCCUACCAUCCUGUGCAUUUUCCAUUGCAAUUCAGUUUGCCCACUUCAUCCUGCACUUUUCCCCCCAUCCAGGGACACUUAAUUCUCCAGAUGGACUUUGGCUUCCCACACCAUUUGCUUGUAGAGUUUCUGAAGACUACUUUGUAGAAGGAAGAGGAGAAAGAAAAAUAAAGGUGAUCCAGGUGUAUGAGCAAUCUGGAUGCCCAAGAGAGCUGGCGGCCCAUUUAGUUCCAUCUCCUUCCCUGCGAUCCCAGAUGGAUUUCCUGCCAGGACUGAGGCUCUGUCUGCGAGUUUUCUCCUUGACUGUCUCCUGCAGGAUAAACUCUCUUGGAAAAGCUCUGGGAAUCCCUGGCUCUUAGUGUGACAAGAAGCUGAGUCUCCACAGCCGGAGAACAGUGCUUCCAAAAGGGCUCGACACCCUCCCUACAGUGUUGAGCCCAUCUAUAUUGGAUGUGUGAUGGCUUUGAUCAGCUUUCUCCAACCAGGACAACAGCUCCCACGGGGAACGCAUGAGCCUGGCUUGCUGGCUUCCAUUUUCAUGACGCCCCCAAACCCCAUUUGGGAGUCAGUUUAUGUGCAUUGCUUAACUGCCACAAUGACAGCAAGCUUUAGGAAAUGGCCUCGAUAAUCUUGUCACUAUGCACCUGAGUGUCUUGCCUUCUCAGACCACUCUGGGUCAGAGAAAGGACACCUUUCCACCAAAUUCUGGAAAACUUUCUUUCUUUUUCAUUUGAAUGCCAUGUGCUUCUUUUGUUUCCUAAAAAUAAACCUGGUUUUCUGUUUUACCGCA